CAAUAUUUUUUGGAAGUGUUUUGAAGCAUUAUAAGACAGUAUGAGGAAACUCUCAUUUGACUAAUGCUAUGUGUCCGCCAUCUUUUAUUACUUGGUUGUAGUGGACGAGAAGACUAACAGUUGACAGAUACAUUCCUAUAUAUAUUGGGGGAGUAGAUAACAGUCAAGAUGCCUGUGCGGGGAAAUACUUUUAAGAUAUUUGUUGGAAACCUAAGUGACCGUGCAACUGGCUCGGAUAUCAGAGAACUCUUUGAAGCUCAUGGUACUGUAGUUGAAGCUGAUGUUGUGAAAAAUUAUGGUUUUGUUCACAUGGAAAAGGAAGAUGAGGGUCAGGCAGCCAUAGAAGCACUGAAUGGUCACUCUAUUCAUGGAAAGCCAAUGGUAGUUGAGGCCUCCACUGGUGCUAGGAAGGGUGGAAAUCAGAAGACAAAAAUAUUUAUUGGCAAUCUUCAUAAGGAUUCCAAACUUGAGGAACUGAAAAGCCUGUUUGAAGUAUAUGGCAGUGUAGUAGAGGCUGACAUUUUGACCAACUAUGCCUUUAUUCACAUGGAUGAUGAGGCUCAGGCACAACGAGCCAUUCGGGAACUAGAUGGAUAUGAGCUUCAUGGUCUGCGCCUUAGGGUCCAAGAAUCUACUUCUCGGGUCAGGCAGCAGGCUGGGAUGGGAAAUCCAGACAUGUGUUACCGCUGUGGGUCAGGUGGUCAUUGGUCCAAGGAAUGUCCCAGAGAUGGACGCAUAGGAGGCUUUCGUUAUCCUGAUCGAGAGCGAGGAGGCCGUAGCUUCGGUAGCAGAUAUGAUCCUUAUCCACCACCACCACCACCCAGUUACGCUAGAGAGCGCAUGUUGCGGUAUAGGGAUGAUUUUGACAGAUAUGAUCGUUACGAUCGCUAUUAUGAUGAAGGCUUGUAUGAACGUCGUGGUGAUCAUCCUCCACCACCACCACCCAUGCUAGAUGAUUUAUACGAACGACGGUUGCCACCGCUACCUCCACAUCCUGAUUAUCUGCGAUAUGGUAGACGCUCUCCACCACCUCGUUACCCUCCUCCCCCUCCACCAAUGCGUGGUUACGGCCCACCGGACCGCCGGCCAUACUAAGCGCGCGACAUACGCCGGGAGCACCGCCGCUGAACCCUUGAUCGUUGGUGCGGGGCGCGGUAGUGUGGUGUCAGCGUGUAUUCGUAACUUGUAGCGUCGCGUCGGCUCCGCCCGGAUCCAUACCGCCAUCGUGGCUAUGCCGUGCCGCGCUGCUCUAGCAACCUAGGAUGGGCACACGAAGCUCAUUCGUGAUACCCCCAAAGGGCAUUACCCUGUUAUUGAAUUUCACUGUCAGUCCGAUUAAUUUUUUCCUUAGAGUUAGAAACUGCUGUCAAGAUCGAUCACUCCUCGGUUAGGAUCAGGUACUGUUCCUUGAGUUCCUUUGUUUCAUAUUUUGUUGUAAUGUAGGCUCCAUUGUACUAUGAAUGUUAAGGAAUAAUUACAAAUAAAAGUAAAAACCGUACAGAUUAAA